AUGGAUCCAUCUUUAAUGGGAUCAAUGUCAAAUGCCUCAAUUUUACAAGAAACAGCAACUGAUACGCGUUACAAUCAUUUGGAACAAACUUUAGAAAAUUUUCAGGAGAAUGCACGACAAAUGGGCGUAAUUGCGAGUGAUUUCACAACUCGAAGUCAAGAACCAUUAAAUCAGAAAAUACAUACUCUUAUAUCUGGCCUUCAUGAGUUGGACCACUUAAAGAACCAAUUUAUGGAUGUGAAAAUACCUCUGGAACUGCUUGAAUAUUUGGAUCAAGGAAAAAAUCCGCAGCUUUAUACAAAAGAGUGUUUAGAAAGGACGUUGAACAAGAAUAAAGAGAUGAACGGUAAAAUUGAAAUGUAUAAGAAGUUUCGCGCAAUGCUGCUGAAAGAACUUGGUGAAGAAAUGCCAAAUGAUAUGGUUUUGUAUCGUAAUUUACGAGACAGAAAAGAUGCCUCACCACAACAUGAAAAUUGUAAUGAGGAUGCUAGUGAUUGA